AAAUUUCGACAUGGAAUGUGAAGAAGAAAAAUGUCUAAUAGAACAGGAAAGCACUGGCGGCGGGAAAGCCACCUACAAGUACCAGCUGGGAGUGAUCUUCAGCUGUAUGGGUACCAUUGUAGGAACAGGCAACCUGUGGAGGUUUCCGAGGAUACUUGCACAGAACAGUGAUGAAACAGGUGGUCUAGUGUUCCUCAUCGUGUGGGUGUGUUUUUUGUUCAUGUGGUCCUCUCCAAUGUUACUGCUGGAGUACUCCAUAGGGCGAUACACGAAGAAGGCGGUUCUUCAGUCUUUCAGAGACUUCGUGGGGGACAAGGCCACGUGGUGCGGGGCUUUUGUUACCUUGGUGACGUUCUUUAUAUCCUGUUACUACUCUGUGAUAUUAGGUUGGUGUAUAUACUUCUUCGGAUACGCCAUCUUGAAUGAUCUGCCGACCGACAACGUGCAAAGCAAGAAGAUAUUUGAUGACUUUGCCGUAAACAGUCGCUGGCCUGUCCUGUUCCACGCUCUCUCUGUUGCUUUAGCCGGACUGGUGGUGACGAAGGGGGUGAAGACGAUAGAGAGAGCAAAUCUCGUCAUGGUCCCGUCUUUUCUCGCCAUAAUCCUGUUCACGUUCACGUGGACUCUCACGAGACCUUUCGCAGACAUCGGGCUGAAGUACAUGUAUUCUCCAAAUUGGGCAUCGUUUGCGAAUCCUAGAACUUGGGUGGACGCAGCUAGCCAGAACGCCUUUGACACAGGGGCAGGAAUGGGUAUGAUGGUCCCGUACGCCACCUAUAUGACAAGAAAACACGGAAUAGUCCGCUAUGGUACCUUGUUACCCUCUACAAACAACAUGAUUAGUUUGAUCUGUGGGAUGACAGUGAUAUCCACGGUGUUCUCCUCGCUGAUUGCGCUAUCUCCGACCUACACCACGGACCAGAUUGUCAGUAUACUGAAGGACAGCGGCCCAGGAAGCACGGGGUUAACGUUUAUAUGGUUUCCAGUGUUGUUCCGGGCAGCGGGGCUAGAGUUUGGCCGUGUUUUAUGUGUGCUCUUCUUUCUGUGUCUUUCAUUUGCUGGAAUGUCCACGCUAAUUUGUAACGUUGAACUAACAACACAGACUAUUGAAGAUUUCGGAGUAAGAAGGCUGUACGGGGUACCCCUAACAUUAGGAAUGACGUUUCUGAUUGGUUUACCGUCUGCUCUUAGUCUGGAUAUAUUGUCCAAUCAGGACUUUGUUUGGGGUUUUGCCUUGGUGAUCAACGGGUUGAUGUUCCAGAGCCUCGUUAUCAUGUAUGGCGCGAACAGAUACCGCCAGAACAUCUUUAAUAACUUCUCCAUUGACGACUGGUACCUGCCUAAAAUAUGGCAGUGGAUCGUUAUGUACGUCGCCCCGUUAGAGGCCAUGGUUCUGCUGGUCUGGUGGGCAGUGGACCUGAUAGUCUUCGAGGAGGACAAGGCCCAGAGGUGGUAUGAAUUCGGCACAGAGAGCUUCAUGGCGACCAUAGUACAGUGGCUGAUCGCAUUGGUCGUCCUAAUAAUACUCAAUGUUCUACUGCUCAAGUACAAACCAUCUUGGUUCAUGUCGACGAGUAUAACCUCAACACCAAGAUCCAGCUGUAGUAGUGCUUCACAAGUCUCGUAUGGUUCCAAUGACGUCAAGGAAGUCCCUGAUGACGUGGUAGUGACGUCAUUUGGUGAUGAUGACGUGGACGUGGUGUCGUAUGGGUCCACGGGUAGUUCAGAAGCAAAGGAGGAUCUAUCUGCAGCACGUGCUGUCUGUCUGAAUGGUGGUCUCCUUCCAGAGAGCACGUUCGUUUCCCAGAAAGAGGAAUUUCUCGCUAAUGGUGAACUAGGUCUAAAGUGCAACGCCUCUGAAACGAUAGAUGGCGCUAAAGAUCCUCAUGAUGAGUCAAAAUGUGAUAUAGUAAAUGGUUCAAGAGGCGGCCUAAAUAGGCACAGAAAUGAGGACAGUCUUACUUGUGAAAACGCCAUGCUUUCAUGUACUAUAAUGGAACAUUUGACAAUGUCCGAGAAACAGAAAGCUGACAAUAAUGCGGACACCGCUAGUAUGCACAGUUCUCAUCAAGGCAGAAGAAAUACCUCUUCUUAGAAUUCUUUCCGGAAAGAGUGCAGAAUUAUCCUUACUAUAACAUUACGGCAUAGAGUCAGUGGAGUAGCAAAGGCCGGUAGGGAAGCACGGUAACGUGUGCCUGCCUUGGCGCCACUUGAAUAUGCGCCACUGGGAGUUGUUACCUGUUA